UGUGGGAGAUUAAAAUUGACAACUCGUUUGUGUUUAUAGUUUUAUAGUAAAAAAAGUACGUUAAUACUGCUCAUUAUAAAUAAACCCCUAAAAACGAAGAUACGACAAUAUUUAAAAUUUCAUCUAUUUUUAUGCGCCAUAUUCUUAACAAUUCAAUUCAAUAAGCUAUAGGCUGGUAAUUUCAUUAAACUUCAAAAAGUACACGAUUAACGUGUCGUUUUAGGUUCAUAGUUGUGGGUAUUUGUAUAUUCUUUACAACUUUCGAAUGCAAAUCAUUUCAACUAAGGUGAUGACCUCUGAAAAAACACGUUAGUUUUAGUCCAUACAAUAUUACAAGGACUAAUUUAUGCGUUUACUAUUUUACACGACGUCCUAACAUUUAACGUUAUAAUGAAGAUAGUACAUAUUACCAACAAGCGAUCAUAGACGCUUUUUUUUUAAAUAAGAUUUUAUACGUUUAAUUAAACCCUCAUCUCUAAAUUUUUGUAUACUAUGUCAUAACUAAUGUUUCUAAACAGUAAUGCAAAGUGCAAAGGGAUACCUACAACCACAAGUAAAAUUAGGGAUACAACUUAAAGUUAACUCUCAAAAGAAUAAUCAAAGUAAAAAAAGCGUAUAAUAUAUAUUAUUCAAAUCUACUGUCUCCAAAAAAAUAUUAUGAAGUAUGUAUUGUGUUCUCAGUUUUCGUCGACAUUCCUUGAAUAACUUGUUAUUGUUAUUAAACAAAAAUAUUUAAAAGUAAUUGACAUUUGACUAUGUAUAUAUAAUAUAAUUUCACAUGUAAUAAAUGCCUAAAGUCUCCCUCGUAUUAGGUUCAUUUAAUUUAAAAGCUGAUUGGAAAAUGACUUCAUUUGACCCAGGUAGUGGCAAUGCUCCUCAACAUAGUUCCGCAUAUAGUGGAACCGGUGGACGUGUUAGCUUGCCUCGUCUCUGGUCCCACACUAAUGCUUUCGGCCCUUAUUAUGGUUCUAUACAUUGUUGAUCAAGUACAAUACGAAGCAGAAUUGUAUUAUGCCAUCAUUGAAAUUACAUUGACAGCUUUGGCUCUCAUUAACUUGUUUAUUGUUGGGAAAUUGAGAGGAGCUAUUUAUGGAUUGUUCUAUAUUGAUUUAAUAAUCGCUUUCGGUAUGGACAUAUAUUACAUGCACAAAGAAAGGGGCUGGACUUUUUGAAAACACACUUGUGCAAUUGAUUUAAAAUCAUUGUGUGAUUAUAACAGGAAAACUCAUAUAGUGACUGUUUAGAGUAUGUAAUGAAUUUCCUGUUAUAUAUUGUGCAGCAUUGAAUGUUUGCAGUGAUAAUGUGACAAGUGAAAGAUUAAAUAGGAAGUUGAAAUCAACAAUGUUUUAUGUAAUGACAGUUAUGUUUUGUGGCUGUAAAAAACUGCUGAAAAUAACUUUGUGGAAUUUAUUCUGGAUAGUUUCGUUUUUAACAUUGGCAACUAUAUAUUGGAAUUAUAAUGAAAAUUACAGUGAAGUGGUAAAUGCAUCGGAAAACCCGUUGAUUAUUUGGUGGACGGAUGGUUUCCCGGGAUCGGCAGAGACUAAAUAUUGUUCAAAUAAUAUAAAAUGUGAUGUUUUUACAAUAGGAAAUAAAACUAAGUUGCAUAAUGUUGCAGCGUACCUAUUUUAUGGCAGCAGUAUUAACUUUGACAAUCUUCCAUUACCGAGAAGACCAAAAGAUCUAAUUUGGGGAUUAUACCAUGAAGAGUCUCCAAGAAAUACAGAAGAACUUUUAAGUGAGAAUGUACUGCAACUUUUCAAUUUUUCUGCAACAUACAGCAGAUACAGUGAUGUUCAUUUUCCUUUGCAAUAUCUGAAUUCUUUUGAAGAUAUUACUGACACGACUUAUUUUGUGAAAACCAAAGAUAAAGAUGAACUUUUGAAUGAAAUUGCCCCCAUUAUGUAUUUGCAGAGUGACUGUGAAACAUCCACAGAAAGAGAUUUAUAUGUACAAGAAUUGAUGAAGUUUAUAAAGAUUGAUUCUUAUGGGGCUUGUUUAAAUAAUAAACAUUUACCUUCGAAAUUCAAACGAGAUUAUUUAAAUAAUUUAAAUGAGGAGUUGUUUUUAAAAUUCAUUGCCAGAUAUAAAUUUGUGAUCUCAAUAGAAAAUGGGGUUUGCGAGGAUUAUAUUACAGAAAAAUUUUGGAGGGCUAUUAAAGUUGGAAGUGUUCCCAUUUAUUUUGGAUCUCCUUCUAUUCGCGACUGGCUUCCGAAUAACAAGUCUGCUGUGUUGCUGGAAGAUUUUCCGUCUCCGAAAGUAAUGUCCGAACAUUUAUACAAACUUUUAAAGAAUAACUACCUGUAUGAAGAAUAUUUAGAACAUAAAAUAAUGCAAAAAAUUUCUAAUAGGAAGCUUGUUGAAGAAUUCCGUUCGAAUCCAACUCAAAUAGAUACUUUAAAAACGACUAACAAAUUUGAAUGUUUAAUUUGUGAGAAAAUUCAUGAUAAAAUAAAGGGGAAAUCUGCUGUUAAUGUUGUCACCAAAAAGCAUUACAACUGCCCUAAGCCUAUCUCUGCGUUGACUUUGAAGGUAAAUCCAAACAAUAAUUGGGUAUUUUCUCGAGAUUUUGCCAUUGAAAAAGCAAAUAAUAUAUAUAACAAAAUAAUGAAUGAACAUUAAUUUUUAUUAAAUAUUUAUUUUUAUAUCAAAUAUAUAUAUUUUUUAUACAAUGA